GUUUCCGGUGGCUCGUCGCGCUCGCUCACUCCAGCUGCAGCCACUCUCGCCCGUGGCUGCUUCCUCCAUCCUGGUAUUUUUUGGAGCCUCCAUCCUGGUUCUUCCAAAGUGCCCGGACCCAAAACAGGAAAGCAUUGCAGAGUUAGGAACAUGGGAGAGAAGCAAUCUGGAUAACAUGAAAGUGAUGCUGGUGACUAAGGGAAGGCGACUUGAUUCUGUGGGAAGGGCUAUAGCUGAUCCAUCUGUUGUCCAGAUUUGAGUAUGAGCACAGUUGAAGAGGAUUCUGACACAGUAACAGUAGAAACUGUGAACUCUGUGACUUUGACUCAGGACACAGACGGGAACCUCAUUCUUCAUUGCCCUCAGAAUGAAGCUGAUGAAAUAGACUCAGAAGAUAGUACUGAACCUCCGCAUAAAAGACUUUGUUUGUCUUCUGAGGAUGAUCAGAGUAUUGACGAUUCUACUCCUUGCAUAUCAGUUGUUGCACUCCCACUUUCAGAAAAUGAUCAGAGCUUUGAGGUGACGAUGACUGCAACCACAGAGGUGGCAGAUGAUGAAAUUACUGAAGGAACUGUGACACAGAUCCAGAUUCUACAGAAUGAGCAACUAGAUGAAAUAUCUCCCUUGAGUAAUGAGGAAGUUUCAGCAGUUAGCCAAGCAUGGUUUACAACUAAAGAAGAUAAAGAUUCUCUGACUAACAAAGGACAUAAAUGGAAGCAGGGGAUGUGGUCCAAGGAAGAAAUUGAUAUUUUGAUGAGCAAUAUUGAACGCUAUUUGAAGGCACGUGGAAUAAAAGAUGCUACAGAAAUCAUCUUUGAGAUGUCAAAAGACGAAAGAAAAGAUUUCUACAGGACUAUAGCAUGGGGUCUGAACCGGCCUUUGUUUGCAGUUUAUAGAAGAGUGCUUCGCAUGUAUGAUGACAGAAACCAUGUGGGAAAGUAUACACCUGAAGAAAUUGAAAAGCUCAAGGAGCUCCGGAUAAAGCAUGGCAAUGACUGGGCAACAAUAGGGGCGGCACUAGGAAGAAGUGCAUCUUCAGUCAAAGAUCGCUGCCGACUGAUGAAGGAUACUUGCAAUACAGGGAAGUGGACAGAAGAGGAAGAAAAGAGACUUGCAGAGGUGGUUCAUGAAUUGACCAGCACUGAGCCAGGUGAUAUAGUCACACAGGGUGUGUCUUGGGCAGCUGUGGCUGAACGAGUAGGUACCCGCUCAGAAAAGCAAUGUCGUUCUAAAUGGCUCAACUACCUGAACUGGAAACAAAGUGGGGGUACUGAGUGGACCAAGGAAGAUGAAAUCAAUCUCAUCCUCAGGAUAGCAGAGCUUGAUGUAGCUGAUGAGAAUGAUAUAAACUGGGAUCUACUAGCUGAGGGAUGGAGCAGUGUCCGCUCACCACAAUGGCUUCGAAGUAAAUGGUGGACCAUCAAAAGGCAGAUUGCAAACCACAAGGAUGUUUCGUUCCCUGUCUUAAUAAAAGGUCUUAAACAGUUACAUGAGAACCAAAAAAACAACCCAACGCUUUUGGAGAAUAAAUCAGGAUCUGGAGUUCCAACCAGUAAUUCCAACGCCAGUGUACAGCAUGUUCAGAUCAGAGUCGCCCGCUUGGAAGAAAAUACAGCUAUCUCUCCAAGCCCCAUGACGGCCCUGCAGAUUCCAGUACAGAUCACUCAUGUUUCUUCAACAGACUCCCCUGCUGCUACUGUUGACUCAGAAACCAUAACACUAAACAGUGGAACACUACAAACAUUUGAGAUUCUCCCAUCUUUUCAUUUACAGCCUACUGGCACUCCAGGUACCUAUCUACUUCAGACAGGCUCAAGUCAAGGCCUGCCCCUAACGCUGACCGCUAGUCCCACAGUAACCCUGACAGCUGCUGCUCCUGCUUCUCCCGAACAGAUCAUCGUCCAUGCUUUAUCUCCAGAACAUUUGUUGAACACAAGUGAGAACGUCACAGUGCAGUGUCACACACCAAGAGUCAUCAUCCAGACUGUUGCCACAGAGGACAUCACUUCUUCCAUUUCCCAGGCAGAAUUGACAGUAGAUAGUGACAUUCAAUCAGCUGAUUUUCCUGAGCCUCCAGAUGCUCUAGAAGCAGACACUUUCCCAGAUGAAAUCCAUCAGCCUAAAAUGAUUGUAGAGCCAUCAUUUAAUGAUGCCCAUAUAUCCAAAUUCAGUGACCAAAAUAGCACAGAACUGAUGAAUAGUGUUAUGGUCAGAACAGAAGAAAUCUCUGACACUGACCUUAAACAAGAAGACGAAUCCCCCUCUGACUUAGCCAGUUCUUAUGUCACUGAGGAUUUAGAGUCUUCUGCCAUAGAAGAACAAGUUGAUCAAACAAUUGAUGAUGAAACAAUACUUAUUGUACCUUCAGCACACGGCUUUAUCCAGGCAUCUGAUGUUCUAGAUUCUGUCUUGCCUUUGACAGCACUAACAGAUCCCAUAUUCCAACAUCAUCGAGACGAGUCAAAUAUCAUUGAAUCAUCUUUGUGCAGUCCUGUUUCAGAAGACUCAAAGGAUGUAGAGGACUUGGUAAACUGUCAUUAG